CAAUCUUCGGCUGUCUCCGCCCACAGGAGCGCUCGCCGCGGAAUGCUGCUCUGAUUCCAGCGCGGUGGAAAGCAAGUUCCUCAGAGAUGGAGCGAGUGCUGAGGCGCUGAUAUCUGCACUUUUAUCCAUGAUAUUCAACGCGAAAAGGACGUUCAGUUGACGCGGACCUGCCAAGAACUUCCCCAUCUUCCAUAUUCGUGCGGAAUUAAAACUUUUACGGCUCGAUUUCGUCAACUUUUUAUUUGUUUUUUUCCCCUCCGGGUGAAAAUGCCGCAGCCCUCUCGCGCCGUGAGCUUCGUGCUGCUCGUGUUUCACGUUACGGGAUUAACAGCGAUUAACGGAGGCUCGGAUCGAUCGGAACCGGAGCCGUGUCCGUCUGGGUGCUCGUGUGCGGGAUAUUUAGCGGACUGUAGUGGAUUAAAACACGGCAGGAUCGCGGAGAGGCUCCCCGCGCGGAUCACGCGUCUGGAUCUGAGCCAUAACAAGUUACGCACGUUUCCUGAAGCGCUGCUCGCCAGUCUGCCGCAGCUCAGCAAAAUAAAACUGAGUAACAACGAGUUCGAGUCGAUCCCGGAUUUGGGCCCAAACGCUGGAAACCUCAGCAGUCUGAUUCU